UGAGGGCCCUAGCUACUCGCCAACCCCGUCGCCUUCUUCUUCUUCUUCUUCUUCUUCUUUUUCUCUCUCUCGGCCUCACAUCACUUUAAACCCAUCAAUCAAUAGCUCAAUAUGUCACACACCCCCAUACUCAUUGCUCCUCAGUCCUCUCGCUCUACUGACAUGUAUUUCUACGGACCGUGGGCUCGUUUUUUAUGCCAACGCUGGUAGCAUCAGGAUGGUGAUUAAUGCAGCAGAUGGAUACUGCUAAGUGGGAAGGAUAGCGGAUAUUUAGUUGCGUAAGCACGUGUGCUUGCGCACCUUGGUACGAGAAAUAGUUUUAUUAUUUCUCUGAGGAAAGAAGGUAAAGUCUACAGGAGUGGGAAGAACACAGCAUCAAUCUAGUGGUCACCAAAGCACCACCACUUGUUCGGUCUGUCACCGUGACUCUCUCCACUCCAUCGCACCCAAAAAACCACACAAGAAGCCUUCAUCUUCCCCUUCCUCUGAUGUGGUCUUCAGAAAAUGCCAAGCAUAACAACAAGAAGAAGAACAAAAGCGGGCAUGGGAGUAGUAGCAGGAUAGUGUCCUCCUCUUCCGCGAGAUCUUCUCCUUCCUCCGCCUCCUCCAUCCUCUCGCAGACCCCAAGGAGGAGGACCAUGGAGGAGAUGUGGAAGGACAUCACCCUCGCCACCCUCCACCAAGAGACGCCCCUCGCUCCUCUUCUGGAGACGACCCACUCCCAUCCCCAGCACCACCACCACCACCAACUCCAACUUCACCGGCCCCACCCCACUGCCUCUCCUUCCUUUCGGACCAUGAUCCUUCAAGACUUCCUCUCCGGUCCCUGCUCCACCGUCUCGCCGGCGUCCGCCGCCGCUGCGGAGCACAUCACCCUGCCUCCCUCGCCGCCCCCGCUGCCCCCCACUGCCCUCACCCUCAAGUCCGGCCUCGAGCUCCGGUACCCUGCCGGCGGCGGCGGCGGCGGCGGUGGAGCCUCCGGGGGCGCUGGCAGCGGCGGUGGGUCUCUCGUUGUCAACGCCCAUUCUCGCUCCAGCUCCAAUUCCAACGAGUCUCGAGUCAAUGGCCAGGCUAACAAAAACGGCCACGGUGGGUCUUUUAUGCCCUCCUACUUCUCCGAUGCCGUCAUCAGCCCGCCGUCCCCCGCCGGACUCUUCUCCUUCUGCUCCAAGAAGCGGAUGAUGCCGGAGGGCCCCGUCGUUGACGGCGACCGCCGCUAUAAGCGCAUGAUCAAGAACCGUGAGUCCGCAGCCCGAUCCCGCGCCCGAAAGCAGGCUUACACCAAUGAGCUGGAGCUAGAGGUUGCACAUCUCCUGGAGGAGAACGCCAAGCUAAAGAAACAGCAGGAGGAGCUACGCAUGGCAAUGGCUGAUCAGCUGCCCAACCGAAACGCCCUCCAACGAAGCACGUCAGCUCCAUUUUGACAGAAAACAAGAAAACGGAGGGAAAAUUCUGCUGCCGAGACAACCUAUAUAUCAUCCUAUUCCCAAACAAAAAGAGAGAGAAACAAAAAUGAAUCGCAUCGGACUUGUUUGUGCAGAUAUAGCAAAUGCCCUGUGAACGAACAAUUCAGAUCCUUCCCUUUACACACCACCAUUUGUAGCGUUUCCACUCUCUCUCUCCCUCUCUCUCCAUCUAUCUAUCUAUAAAAAAACAUAUAUAUAUAUAUAUAUCAAUGUCUGUAUGUGUCUGCAAGUUUGAU